AUGGAAUCAACUAUUCUUUGCUCCUCACCACUUCCUUCUUUCCCAUUUCCUCCCACCAAACCACAUCCCCAAAAGCUUAAACUUCGACAUGGUAAAACGUCAAGUGGCACGGUUGUUCUUGCUACUAGAAGAGAGAACUCCGGAGAUUGGAGACAUGGAGAAUCAGUGGUUGUAGAUGAAAGCAUGAUUGUGCUAAGGAAACGCAUCCAUGAAAUGAAAAUGGUAGAGAGAAAUUAUGAGCCGCCAGAAGAGUGGAUGGAAUGGGAGAAGCAGUGCUAUACAUCCUAUGAUGAGUUUGUCUGUAAAUUUGUGGGGGUAUUGCAAUUGCAUUUGAUGAACACAAGGCCUAGUUUAGCUCUUGGGAUGUUAUUGCUAAUCACAAUGAGUGUCCCUGUAUCAAUGGCCGUGAUUGCCCAACAAUUGAUGGAGGCAACAUAUGGAGUUUUCUCGACCGUUCAUCUGGGUUGA